UUGGUGAGAAGAGAUGACGGACCAAAAAGAUGUAGGCGAAAAGGAGAGGCAUCAGGCUACGUACUAUAUAUAAGGCUCAUUCUUGCAAGAAGCAAGUCCAUACCGUUUCCCUCCAUCAAGGCGAGAUUUUGUUGCCCUUCGGCAGUUUAGGAAGUUUGUGUAGUCCUGACUGGAAUCUUGUGAGAAUUUGCUAUUCAGUGGUGAGCGUAUAGAGUUCAUAUGUUGACGCCCCUGGCGAUCAUGGAAUUAAUUUGGUACUUACAUCAUCUUCUGAUGACCAUUCAAUCACUAAUCAUCAGUAGUAAUCUAGGGGUUACGUGAAUAUUUCUUUCAAUUAAUUUCAUUUUGCCUCUGACAAAAUCCUGCUAAUUAAAUCGGUAAGCUAAUCUUUAUGGAACAAGCUAGGUCACCCAGUUGAGUUGUUGAAGUUGUUUUGGGCACGUUAUGUACAAACCUGCCCAGUUAACACUAGGAGGAGAUCAAAAUUACUCCCAUUUUGUGACAAUGGACGACGGAUUAUACAUUCCGAUCCCGAGCCACCUCCUGUUUCCACAUCCUGAGAUCUUCUCACACGGCUUCGAUGAAUUCCUAAUGAACACCACAGCUAUUCCUACAUGUACCCAUACCCACACCUGCAAUAAUGCUCCAUCGUCGCCGUUGGUUGCCAUGCACACGCACACGUGCCUCCACAGGCACACCCAGGUCCUGGCUUCCGCCGAGCAGGAGCCGAGGAAUCCCCGGGUGAUCAAGCCUCUGGGGAACCGGGAGGCCGUGCGCAAGUACAGGGAGAAGAAGAAGGCCCACGCGGCCUUCCUGGAGGAGGAGGUCAGGAGCCUCCGCGCCGCCAACCAGCAGCUCUUGCGGAGGCUCCAGGGGCACGCGGCGCUCGAGGCCGAGGUGGUCAGGUUAACCAGCCUCCUCUUCGACGUCCGGGCCAAGAUCGACGCGGAGAUUGGCGAUCUCCCGUUGCAGCAGAAGCCCUGCGCUUUUGGCACGGACCAUGCUCCAUGCACUGGCGAGGUGGCAGCAGCAGCAAUCCGGGAUGUCCGGGAGGUCGACUGUGGGAUUGAUGAGAGUGGUAUUGCUUCGGUAGAAGCUGAUCUUCCUGAAUUGGCGGAUUCAGUCAUGGAUGCCGAUGAACUCUGCUGCCUAAUUGGCUGAGCGGAAUGGCUCUGUUCGGAGGUCUUCGUCGUGCGCAUUUUUCAGAUGUAACCAUGGUGCCUUGCAUGCAUCGGUUGUUUGCUUUUUGCGGUAUAUAUAGUUUUCUGCUUUCUAGUGGCCUGCUUGAAUAAAUGGUGGCUGAGAGCACAAGCAAGUGUGGAACUGAUCUACCCUGUCGAGAUCGGAUUACUAGUUUCCUACUUGGUUCUGCAGCCUUCAACCUUUACUGUACCUGUAUACAGUAUUGAAAGAAGCUAAUACUUAUGUUCCGCAAAGUGCUACUAACGGUGAACAUGAGCAAAAGUUGGUUCCUUAUGUUGGCUCUUCUCUCUGAA